GUGGGGGCGCUCCAGCCGUCGCGUCUCCAGGAAGCGGCUCGGUUGAGGCUGGCGCGGCCUCUUCGUCUCGGCACGGGAUUCCUGGAGGCUCUGCCGACUUCAGCGGGAGGUAACGGCCUUGGAGUCCUUCCCAGGCAGUGCGUUCCCGCGAGUCCCGCCUCGCUUUGGGGACCCCGUUUUCCUCGUGGCCGCCGGGACUCCCCGCCCUCCCACUCCGGUUUUCCCUGGCCUCUCAGGCGCCGCCCUCCCCGCAGGGGCCCCCACACCUCCAGGGGAGACCUUCGGGCGACUCUUCGGCCACACUGUCACGAGAAAACUUGUGGGCCGACCUUAGCCGGCGACAGAGCUGCAAGGAAUGGACGCGGUUCCCGAGCAUCCUCAGUGGCAGAAACUCCAGAUAAAGCCAAUGCCUCUCUUGAAAUUGCACUCUCAGAUUUGUGUGAAAUGAAGGACCUUGUGACUGGCUUUGCUUAACUGGUCAUUUGUAUCUCAACAAACAUGGAGAUAAGAUUAGAAGUUUUGACAUCAACAAGUAUCAAGCAGAAAAAACCCUGGCCCAGAGUUUCCUGGUUGGGUCAAGAGAAUGAAGCUGUUUUUCUUUUGGAUGAGAAAUUCAUAAAUGAGAUUAAUUUGCUGUCUGGAAGAACAAAGAAGAAGAUUCCUAGUCUUCAGCCUUUGUUGAAGGAUGUUUUUUUUCUGGCAAUAUCCAGUAAUGAUGUGUGGCUCUCUGGGGUUCUCACUACAGGAGAGCUUUUCCUGUGGAACAAAGAUCAAGACUGUGUGAAAAUGAUACAAGUGACUGAAAAGCCUAAAGAAGUUAUUAAAGCUACAAUAGCAAGCUCCUUAAGGCUAUACUUGUAUGUAGCUGAAAAUGGGAAAAGAGUUCUGCUCAUUACAUCUUCUGGCUGCAUACUUCUAUGGGAGUAUUCGGAAUUGAAGAAUAUCUUAUCUUCUAAAAGCCUCCCAUUGGUCGGUCAGUGGUUCCAAAUAAUACCCGAAGAAGCCGUUUUAUUGCCUUCCUCUAAAGAUAAAGAAGCUGUAGUGGAUGCUGUUUUUGUCAAAAAUGAGUUAUUUGGCGACUGCUGCCUGUGUUCUUUUACUUUUUAUUCUGGAGAAUGCUUGAAGUUAACAUUUCUGGCCAUUCAGUGGUAUGAGAAUGUAUUUACAUCUGUAAGGUCAUUGCCGUUCCGUGUUCACUGGGCACAACAGGAAUAUCUCCUGUGCAGUCUGACUCCCAAGUGUGAGUCUGUGAAGUCAAGAGGAGCUCUGAUCUCGGCCUUCUCAAGAGAUGGCCUUGCCCUGGCUGUGACUCUUAAUCAGAGAGACCCAAAGGCAACUCAGUUACUAUUUAUAAACACACUGAAUUUUGUUACUCUCUGUGGUGGUCUUAAAGGAUGUAGUAACAAGAAUCCUGUGGUCCCAGCUACACUUAGCAGGUCAUAUUGGGUAGGUGACAUCAGCUGGACACAUGACAGUCUUUUUCUGGCUUGUGUGCUAAAACGUGGCUCCCUGGUUUUAUUGACCUGCUUAGGUGAAUUGCUAACACUAGUUACACUUGGUUGCUCUAUAGAAUUUGGGCCAGCUGAGUUUAUUCCUCUUCAUCCACUAAUAACAUAUAGACCACAGCAGUUUACAUUUCAAGAUUCAAAUAAUUCUGUAGAUUCAUCAGCUUCUGAUAGUGACCCUCUGAGACAGAGGUUUUCUAUAAAAGCACACUCACGGCUACCUUACCUCAUUAUUUCUGAUGGAUAUAUGGUCACAUCCCUUCGGUUCCUUGAUGACCAGACUCCAACAGCGCUCAUGAGGUCCUUGCUAAUUGAUUCAACCCAGAGGCUUGAGGAAGCAUACCAAAGUAUGAUGCUAUCUAAGCCAAAGCACAAAGGGCUGAACUUGCGAUCACUGGAUUCCUUAAGGUCUAGCCUGUUAAAGCGUCAAGGAAAGGAAGGUUCAGUACAUCGCACUGUCCCCAGAUUUCUACAGGAAGAAGAAACAAUGAAGUUAAGUGAAACUACAGAUGUUCAGGAUUCUGAAGGAGAAGAAGCUAAUGAAGUUGAACAAUUUCCAAACAGCUCAUUUCCUUUUUGUAACCAAAGAAAAGAUCUACGGUUUAGCAUUAUCAAGGAAGGAAGAUUGGAAUUUGCAACUAUGUUUGAUACAGUUCAUGCAAAGGAUGAUUCCAAGGAGACAGACAGAACUACUGCAGAACUACAUUGUAUCCAGAAAAAACUACUUGCAGCGUGGACUAUAGGAAUUUCAAAAAAUGUAACAGAAAAAAACUUGAUGUUAAAUUACACAGUACUUUGCAUCACUCACUUUUUCUAUGUUCUUCAGUUUAUAAAAUGUCCUUUGCCGAAAUCUGACCUGUUUUUAAAUGAGAGUCUGAAGCAUAAUACGUGGGUCCUUUGUGUCUUUCAACUUUUCCAUCAGUGUCUAUCAGUCCAUUAUUGGGAUUUGAGGUACAAACAAGAUGUGGGCCAUUUGAUAAAGCUGACCUCAAAUACUGUAAAGCUUUUUUUGACUCAGCAACAAAAAAAUGGGCUCUUCUCAGAGAAACUUUUAGCCUGCCUUUCUUUACUCCGAGUGGUUGCUGACCAUUUAGAUGGCAUCUGCAAACUUCAGCCUGAGGCCAUUUCAGCAUCAGCUGAUGGAAGGAAGACAGCUGAGAUGGACUCACUAAUGGUCCCUAUUUUUUCAGCUUUGAGGGAAAGUUGGUCCUGGGACUCACCUUGGAAGAUUUGUCCUCAAGUCACAAAUCUUGUUCAAAAGCCAAGUCACAGAUUGAUUGCUCUUUGGAGACUAUUGUACAAACAAACUUUAUGGUAUGGAGCACAGUUAAGCCAAAGAAUUCCUGAUGGUGACAUCCAGUUAACUGAAAAUAUAACACAUGAAGUAUCUUUUGUCAAGACUCUGUUAUGUCAUCUACAGACUAACUUGCAGAUGGCUGGGGAUAGCUUGAAUCAAGCCUUAGAACUUACACCUAUCAAUGGUGAAGAGUGCUUUCUGUUAGGAUCAUAUGAAAAAUCAGUUCAUCUCUGGAAGAAAGCUCUACAAGAAACCCAAGAGAAAGGAGGAAGAAGGAUGUGCUUUCUUCAGUUGCGGUACUAUCUCUCUCUCUUGUACUGUCACCUCUACCGCUAUAAUUUGAACGAUGCUCAAGGAUUAUGUGAUCACCUAGUAAGAGAAAUACUCAGCUGGUCCCAGUUACCUGUAAAAGACAAUAAAGAUUGCUCAGAUUCCGAGAAGUCUCAUUGUGAGUUUGCAGUGACUAGAAAUGUACAUCCUGAGGCAGCAGUCAGAGUUGUCCAGUGCAUGGCCCGUUUCAUGGCUGCCUAUUUCACCAAUGAACCACUCUGCAUUCUGCCUCCUCACAGUGUGAAUGUUCUUCCGCCACUACAUAUUAAAACAGAGCAUUCCCUACGACUUAUUCCUCUACAACACUCUAAAGCGGCCAGUUUUGUUAGAGAUCAGAAUCUCUCAAAUGUAUGGACAGUUGAAUAUGCACUCGAAUUAUUACUUAUUGGUGGCCUGAUUCCAGAGGCUGUGUGGUUGGCACAUAAACUUGGAGACUGGAAGACAUCUGUUUCCAUUGGUGUGGCCUUCCAGGUUUUCUGUAAGCAUGAUCUCAAUUUUGUGAGGUUCAAGAAAAAGGGUAUGAACCUACCAUUUAAUAUGAUACCAGCACAGAUUUUCCAGGAAAAACUACAAUAUUUUUUAGGUCAGCCAGUCUCUUUCGAAGCAAAAAAUGAAAAGGGUUCAAGAUAUAAGCAAUUUACAGAUCCCAUUGAAGAAGAAGAUGCUAAUCUGCUAUUUGGGUCUAUGCAAGAAGUGCUGAAAGCAUCAGUCAUGGCUGAUGCAGAUAUCGUUUCAGAGACACUGCAGCUAUUGAUGGACUCUGCCAAGGACUUCAGUAAGAAGCUGUGGGGCUUGGUACCUGUUGACUUGUAUCUUCCAGCACCUCCGUUGUAUUGUCCCCAGCCAGCUGUUCUUAGUGAAGAACAUGGUGACAAUCUUCUUUUAAAAGCUGAAAAAGAUAAUCGCCAAAAGCUGUCUGGAAUCCUGCAGCGAGUGCUCUUGCUUUUCCGGGCAGCUCGAUGCUCUUUUGCGGUAGCACAGUGGUACAUCUUGCAGCUGAGGUGGGCGAGAAAAGUCAUGCAGAAGAUUCGAGUGAAAGGGUCCCUUCCUUCGCUUAGUUCUUUCCCCGAAUCCUUACUUAAUUACUGUAAAGGAGGGAUAGCGUUCAUUAGACCUGGAGCAGCCGGAGACCACAAGCUUGAUGAAGUUUCCAUCAAAGCACUAGGUUGCUUCAGAGAACUUUGUGCUUUGUGCUGGAUGUUGCACAUCCGGGAUAAAUUAUCAUAUAGUUGCAGGCAAUAUCAGAAGGCAAGAGAAAAUGUGAAGGUGGAAAAGGACCUCGAAGUGGAAUUUGAUUCUUGUGUGGUUGAGCACUGUUUUCAUGCACUGGAAUGGGCCUAUAGAAUGUUACCAUUCUCUCGGUUUUUUAAUAUGGAAGAACUUAUUCAGGAUAUAAUUUUGAGCCUCAUUGGAGAACUACCACCAGUCAGGAAGGUAGCAGAAAUUUUUGUGAAAGCAUUUCCCAAUCCUGAGGCCAUAAGGGUUCCUUUAAGAGAAAAGUACCACUCUCUUCAACAGAAACUCAGACAUGGUGUUGUGAAAGGUCCUCAGACUGAAGAACUGAUGUCUGUGGUCAUGCGUUCUGUCCAUAAAGUGAGGGUGAAAGCCCUGAAACGUGUGCAGAGGAACAUAGGUGCUUCUGAGAUGAACAUCUGGGAACCUGAUGAAGAGGAAAAACCAGAUGCUGCUCCUGCCUCUGAUAGGUUCUCCCUGGGGACUAGUUUGAGCAGAAGUACACUCACAGAACUGGGCAGUUCCUUGGUACACAGUGACGCAGACACAUUCUCUGAAACCUUGUCUUUUGAAGAAAAACCUUGGAUACACUUAUAUCAGAGACAUGCCCCAAGUCAUAUGGAAUUAACAUUGGUUGGUAAGCCCAGUGAUAAAAAGAAAACAUGUAAUCAGAAAGAAAGCUCCCAAAGGAAAGAAGAUCAUGAAACGUUACGGAAAAAAGUACUUCCAACAGUUGGUGCUUGGGAAUUUGAGCGUGAUGAUGAUGAAUACAUUAACUUCCUUGAGCUCUUCUUGAGUUACGUUCUUGAAAGAGAUCUUUGUUCCAGUGAUCCUGGCAUUCCAUUUCUGACAAGUUUUUCUGGGCACCUCAGAGAACACGAACUUAAUUCCUUACUUUUUGAUAUGCAUACAUCAUUAAAACGACGCCAGAGCAAAACCAGAAGCGAGAGUGUGUAUAGAGCUGGUUCUUGCUUUGCUGUUAUUCCUGAGUCACAUGAAUGUGAAAAACUGUUCUCUCUAAACAGCACAUGUGCCCAAAAUGUAGAAAGCCAGGUGCUUUCAGCUUCAGAACUAGUUAACCAGUCAGCGAGCACUUCAGACAACCUUCUACCUGAAGUCACAGGAAAUGAAAGAAAGGCGGGAUUGUUUGGCUUAAAACAAAAGCCAAUUUAUAGAAUUCAGGAUGAUAAAAGAGAGAAACCUUUAAUGCAGAGACCAUCAAACCAAUCCUUUUCCAUUCCCAAGUCCAUUGACACUGGAGGAUACCGUUUCCAAGCAGUUGAGUACAGUGCUGCCAGCCUUCAGGAAGAUGUUCCUCUGGCACUUGAGAACAUGUUCCGCCAUGUUGGGAGACUGGUGGAGUGGAUGGUACGAUGGUCUGACCGAAGACUCCUCUGUGACUCUGGAGUUACUCAGUCAUCCUGUAAAUACAGUCCAGUCAUUCGUGUAAAGACCUCGACAGCUGCUAUUCUUACCUCAUUAUGGCUUCUGGAGCAACCCUACUGUGCUGCAUAUAGGACAAAAAAUGGCAUUAUUAAGGUGCUAGAAAAUCAUUACCCUGAGUCUCAAGUGGCAGCUGAGGAGGAGAGCAAUGCUAAUAAUGUUGACUCCCCAGUUGCAGUAGCAGUUCAGGCUGGAGCUGAUGAGAGAAAUGACCAGAAUGAAUGUUAUCAAAGCAUCUGGAACAGAAUGCCAGCUGAAGCAGAAAAUCCUGAAGUGAAAGAAAUUGAUGAUGAGAUUAUUCCCGUCACUCAUAAGGCUGAGAAAGAGUUUGUAGAUGUUGUCGAGAAUCAUUCAGAAGUAGACACAUUUACACGGGAUGAAAUGGAUAUGCACAUCUCAGACUGUGAAGAAGAACCUUUUGGGAGUCUUAGAGGUCCCAGUGCUGCCAUCUGCAUGCCAGCGUCAAAGCUCUUACUAGAGCAUUCGGUAGAAGAGGUUCAAUGUUCCAGAGGAGAACCAUUGACGAUGAAUGCGGAUACAAAAUUGACAGAGCAGAAAGGUAUGAUCGAAGCCUUGUCAUAUUCUGAACAUACCAUUCCUCAUUCACUUUGUAAAGAUGCAAAUUCAGAAACUUCUAGAAUGUUUUCCCACAGUGCACAGAAUUCUGAACGUGAUGAAUCUUCCUCAGUGCUACCUCUCUUGUCGCAUGGAGUCCAUGCUACUUCACAAACACCUGUUCUAACACCUCAGCCACCUCACAGAAAUGAACAUGGGGUUCAGUUUCCAGACUCUUCUGGUUCUGUUCGGCAGAUGCUCCAAGAAGAGAUGUUUAAAUUAGUUCAGCUGCAACAGAUCAAUUUCCUGAGCCUAAUGCAAAUAGUGGGGCCAUCUGUUGCUAAUCUCCCAGACAUGCAUCGACUUCUUCAGCAGCUUCAGCCUGUGCAUUCUGUGGAAAGCCAAAUACCAAAGCCUAGAAGGAGUAGUUGUACUGAAGUCAACAGCAGACAGAAAUGUUUUGCUAACCCAGAGUCCAUGGGAGAGUGCAGCAGGGAGCCUGGCAAGAACAGCCUUCUGGACCAUGGAGGAAUCAGUCAGCCUGAUCAAGACAGUAAUGGAAACACACAGGAUAUUCCACAUGGGAGUAUUCCUUUGUGCCAAUUAGAUGGCCAGCCUAAGAUGAGAGGUCAAACUGGAACAUCUCAAAGCUUUCCACCCACCUCAUGUUCUCACACUCCUGCUGGAGAUCCUGGCCUGCAGCUUCUGUUCCCACCUGAUGCUGUCCAGAGGGCUCCUCAGCUGAUCCCACCUGCCAGAACAAUCACUCCUGGGAGUGGUUUUCCUUUGCUUCAUUUUCAGCCCAAGCAUGAAUUCAAGCCCCUUUCCUUACCUCUAGAAAGAAUUCCAGAAGUUCCUUUCAGGCCUCAGGCCCAACCAAAAGAGGCAUGGGGAUUAUCUGAUUCUUGCCAACUUCCUCUGUCUCAGAGAAUAGUGCACAGCACUUCAUGUCAUUUAGAUUCAAGCCACCAUAAUGUAGAAGCCAUGAAAAAGGCAGACUCUCUCCUCAGAGACAUCCCUAAGAAUGUGAACUUGGGUCAGUAUGUUGGACAACAGUACUUGGCACCUCAGCAGGAUUCUUCAGUAUUUAUAAAGCCAGAAAGUGUGUUUGAUGUUAAACCAGGGCCCCCUGAGACAGCUCUUCAGAAUUCUGUUGGACUUCCUUUACUACACCUGCAGUUUAAGCCUCCUUAUAUGUUCUCAUCACCAUCGAAAGCAGCAAGUAGAUUGCCCUCAGUACCUCCUCAAUCUGGCACAGAAGGAAGAAAAUAUCCACAACUAUCAUUACUUCAUUCAUGUCUGCCCCCGGAGAAUAUGUACAAGAAGCCCCAGCUUAUCCCACUUGAAAACCUCAUGGCAUUUAAAAGGCGCCAACAAAAACAAGCACAUGAUGUAUUUGAACAAGGCGAUUCUGGUCAUCUUCAGCUUCUAAAGGUCAAUGUGGAACCAUCCAAAAUAACACAAGGAAAGAAGAGGCAAAGCAGACGAGCUGAACGAGAGCUACAAGAAGAAAGAGCUCAGAAGCCAAGAAGAAAGCAAAGUGUUAGUUUCCGACCAGAUGAUUCCCUCAUUAGUAAUGGGUCAGAAGUCAUCAUGGAACCCAAGGUUGGAGCUCAGAAGCCAAGAAGAAAGCAAAGUGUUAGUUUCCAACCAGAGGAUUCCCUCGUUAGUAAUGGGUCCGAAGUCGUCAUGGAACCCAAGGAACAACUAGAACAUUGUGGUUCUCAGCCUUUGGAGAAAUUUGACAUUCCUUUUGAAAUGUUAGAAGAUGAUGUUAAUACCGCGGCUGGACUGCACUUCUUGGCCUCUGUACGAAAGAAAGCUGUAGGAAUUCAGGAUGCGAGUACAAACACAGACCCAGAUAAGGAAGGUACUUCCCAAGAACUUGAUUCUGAAAGUGGUAAAAAUCAACAAGUCGUUUCUGCAACUUCAGGUCAUGAACCUUUGACUGUUUCUCAGCUCUUGAUUCCAGAUAUAUAUCUAAAUGUCAAAGUUCCCACUGAAAUAUCAGAGAAGCCUUUGUCUCCUUCCUCACCUCAUUUGGCUAGACACACUUACAUAGAUGUGAUUGACAUUGAAGCUGAUGAUCUAUUGGAAUUACCUGCUAGUGAAGAGCCUAUAGAUGAGAAUGUUACCAAGCAACAGAGCCAUCCUCCAGAAGUACCAUCAUCUGCAGAGUUGCAUUGUAUGGCAGCUUCAAUUGUUAAUGCCAUUCCCCCUCAUGCUUUUGAAACUCAAGAAUCUGCAGGUUCUACUCUGAGUUUAAUUUCGGAACCUGCAAAAGUGACUCAGCCCUGUCUGGAUGGGAAGAGCAGGAGAGCAAGUACUAUGGAAGUGAAGGAACCUGGGAUUCCCUCAGUAAUAUCAUUGGACAGGCAGCAGGACAGAGAUCUGCUAGAACCAAACUUACAGUUCAAGGAACAGAACACAAAACUGGAUUCUGGGGAACAAUCUCUGCUUUGGACACUGCUACAAGAUGUCCAUACUGAUUGUCCCACUCCAAGCCCUGCUGCACAAAAGUUAGAGCAUCUUACUGCCAAGCUUCAGAAGAUGGAUGAGCAGCUGUUAACAGUGCAGGCCAUUGCAGAGAAUAUAGAGCAGGACUUCCCUGCACCAGAAGUGCUGAAUCUACACUGGGAAGAGGCUGGAAAGGUACAUCACGUUGAAUUGUCUUCUGGUCCUGAAAUUGAAAAACCACCAGCUUCAAAAGCCAUUAGCAUUUCUGAAGAAGUGUGCUUCCAGACUCAUGAAGAUGUGGAAGAUCAAAACGAUACAGAGGAAACUUCAGAGACAGAAGUUUCAGUUACAGAAAAUCAUUCUAGCCAGAAAACCUACGCAUGCCCUUCUGCAGGCUCAGCCAUCUGUUCUCCCGUGGACUGGAGUAUCACUUCUCCUGGUGUGAAUAACAACAAUGAAUUAUUUGAAAGUGUUUCAGAAGAUCAACUCCAGGUGACUGGAUUGACUGAUAUUGCUGACAUUAUUGAUGACCUCAUAACUAAGAGUGGAGUUUCCAGUGAAGAGCUUGGCUUAACAAAAAAACAAGCUAGAAAUAUAUCCAGGAUUCAGCAAUCUUCUGGCAGAUGCCCCCAAAGAACUGAGGAGGAGAGAAGAGAGAUUAAAAUCUGGAUGAAAAGAAAGCGAAAAGAGAGAAUGGCAGAAUAUUUAAAUCAGCUGGCAGAAAAGAGGGGACAGGAACGUGAUCCUUUCUGCCCCAGAAACAGUCCAUUUUAUAUGACUUCAAGGCAGAUCAGGCAAAGACAGAAGAUGAAACAUGAAAAAGAUAGAUUGCUGCUGUCUAACCACUAUAGUCAGCGGAUCUCGGAAGCAUACCAUCUGAUGAAUGAACUGCUGUCUGACUCAGUACAGCUAACAGCACCUGCAGAUCAGCCCUUACCUAACAGACCCCCCACCGCUCAGCAUUACAGACAGCAACAUUGCUCUUCUCCAAGGAGAGAGAAUCCACAUGGGCAGAAUUUCCUAAUAAAUCGGCCUGGGCGAGGCAGACAUAUUUCCAGAUCGAGUCGUUUACAAAAGGGGAAACCCUUGGAGCAGUCCAAAGGCUCAUCUCGGCGUCAAGGUUCUAAUACUUCAUGUCAGAGCUUGCUGCAUACGAACAGCCGUGGGGUGGCUCCUCCAAAGAAGCAGGUGUGCAUAGAGUAUGAGAGAGAAGACACGGUAGUGAGUCCCUGGACUCUGCCUUCAGAAAUCCACAGGAUUCUUCACGACAGGCCCAAGACCCUUCUCCAGGACAUAUCACCAGCUGAAGAGGAAGAGCCUGAGUCCUCUGUUUUGGUGGCUGGCAUGGACAGCGUGUCUGAGAGCACUGGCAGCAUCCUCAGUAAACUUGACUGGAGAGCCAUUGAAGACAUGGUGGCCGACGUGGAGGACAAGAACUUACCCGUUCACUGGGCCUCAGACCAGUAGGGCCUGGAAAGUACUAGUGUGGUUCUGAGAACUUUGUGGGUCGAAGGCUAGAAAUAAUGGGAAUUUACAGCCUGCAGCCACAGGGUUCCUGGGGAAAAUAAACAUGUAUCAGUAACAUUGCCUUAUAGGGAAGGGUUGUUUAACUAGAGAAAAGUAUUAUGUUUUGCAUGUGAUUCAUCUUCAGAUAUAAUUUAAACAAUACAUACAUGGAAAGCCAUGUUGUCACAAUAUUUAAAUUACUUUGAAUUAAAAAAAUCUUGUAUUUGCUUCCUCCUUUACUA